AGAGACGCCGGCCCGGUCAGGCCUCGGCGCGGCCUACACGCUUCGCUCGCCCGCUCCCGCCCCGGCUCCGCGCCCGGCCAUGGCGGAGUCCUCGCCCGCCCGACGCCCGGUGCCCCUCAUCGAGUCGGAGCUGUACUUCCUCAUCGCCCGGUACCUAUCGGCCGGCCCGUGUCGGAGAGCCGCCCAGGUGCUGGUGCAGGAGCUGGAGCAGUACCAGUUGCUGCCGAAGAGGUUGGAUUGGGAGGGCAACGAGCACAACAGGAGCUACGAGGAAUUGGUCUUGUCCAAUAAGCAUGUGGCUCCUGAUCAUCUGUUGCAAAUCUGCCAGCGCAUCGGUCCCAUGUUGGAUAAAGAAAUUCCACCCAGUAUUUCAAGAGUCACUUCUUUACUUGGUGCAGGAAGGCAGUCUUUGCUACGUACAGCAAAAGACUGCAGGCACACAGUUUGGAAGGGCUCUGCCUUUGCUGCUCUUCAUAGAGGAAGACCUCCUGAAAUGCCGGUGAAUUAUGGUUCCCCACCAAAUCUUGUGGAGAUACAUCGAGGAAAGCAACUCACAGGGUGUUCCACUUUUAGCACAGCAUUUCCAGGAACUAUGUAUCAGCAUAUAAAAAUGCACAGAAGGAUUCUCGGACAUCUAUCUGCUGUUUACUGUGUAGCAUUUGAUAGGACAGGACAUAGAAUCUUUACAGGUUCGGACGAUUGUCUGGUGAAGAUUUGGUCAACACACAAUGGCCGCCUAUUAUCCACAUUAAGAGGUCAUUCUGCAGAAAUUUCAGAUAUGGCAGUAAACUAUGAGAAUACAAUGAUUGCUGCAGGGAGCUGUGAUAAAAUAAUUAGAGUGUGGUGCUUGAGAACUUGUGCUCCAGUUGCUGUGCUCCAAGGACACACGGGGUCAAUUACAUCUUUACAGUUUAGCCCAAUGGCCAAAGGCUCUCAAAGAUACAUGGUCUCUACUGGUGCUGAUGGGACAGUUUGUUUUUGGCAGUGGGAUUUAGAAUCCCUGAAAUUCAGUCCACGUCCCCUGAAGUUCACUGAAAAGCCUAGACCAGGCGUUCAAAUGCUUUGUUCUUCUUUUAGUGUUGGUGGUAUGUUUUUAGCCACAGGUAGUACUGAUCACGUAAUCAGAAUGUAUUUUUUGGGUUUUGAAGCACCUGAAAAAAUCGCAGAACUUGAAAGUCACACUGAUAAAGUUGAUAGUAUCCAAUUUUGUAACAAUGGUGAUCGGUUUUUAAGUGGUAGCAGAGAUGGAACAGCACGGAUUUGGAGAUUUGAGCAGUUAGAAUGGAGAAGCAUCUUACUGGAUAUGGCUACAAGAAUCUCAGGAGAUUUAUCUUUAGAAGAGGAAAGGUUUAUGAAACCCAAAGUAACAAUGAUAGCUUGGAAUCAGAAUGAUAGCAUUGUUGUCACAGCUGUGAAUGAUCAUGUCCUCAAAGUGUGGAAUUCUUAUACUGGACAGCUGCUUCAUAACUUAUUGGGACAUGCUGAUGAAGUAUUUGUUUUGGAGACACAUCCCUUUGAUUCCAGAAUUAUGUUAUCUGCAGGACAUGAUGGCAGCAUAUUCAUAUGGGAUAUUACAAAAGGCACCAAGAUGAAACAUUAUUUUAAUAUGAUUGAAGGACAAGGACAUGGAGCUGUAUUUGACUGUAAGUUUUCACAGGAUGGACAGCAUUUUGCCUGUACAGAUUCUCACGGUCACCUUCUGAUAUUUGGUUUUGGAUGCAGCAAGCCAUAUGAAAAGAUUCCCGAUCAGAUGUUCUUCCAUACUGACUAUCGGCCACUGAUUAGGGAUUCUAAUAAUUAUGUCUUAGAUGAGCAAACUCAGCAGGCUCCUCAUCUUAUGCCUCCACCAUUCUUGGUAGAUGUAGAUGGAAAUCCUCAUCCAACUAAGUAUCAGAGAUUAGUACCAGGCCGAGAAAAUUCUGCAGAUGAACAUUUGGUUCCACAGCUAGGUUAUGUGGCAACAAGUGAUGGAGAGGUAAUUGAACAAAUUAUAAGCCUACAAACCAAUGACAAUGGUGAACAAAGCCCAGAGUCCAGUGUUCUUGAUGGAAUGAUAAGACAAUUGCAGCAGCAGCAAGAUCAGAGACUGGGAGCAGGUCAGGAUGCUGUUCCAAGUGGACUUUCAAAUGGGGAAGAAACACCCCGAAGAGGUUUUAGAAGACUAAGCUUAGACAUCCAGUCCCCUCCAAAUAUUGGUCUGCGUCGUAGUGGACAAGUGGAAGGUGUUCGUCAAAUGCACCAGAAUGCUCCACGUAGUCAGAUGGCUACAGAGCGUGACCUGCAGGCUUGGAGACGAAGAGUGGUUGUGCCAGAGGUACCACUAGGCAUAUUUAGGAAGUUGGAAGACUUCAGAAUAGAGAAAGGUGAAGAAGAAAGAAAUCUUUAUGUAAUUGGAAGAAAGAGGAAGACUCUGCAUCUUUCACAAAAGUCUGAUUCCGUGGCUUUGAUGUCACAGUCUAGGCAGAGGACAUGUAGGCGUAAAUAUCCAAAUUAUGGUAGAAGAAAUCUUGGACGGCUUGAGUUGUCUUCUGGAAAUGAAUCUUCAAGCUCCGUAAGACAUGAGACUUCCUGUGAUCAAAGUGAAGGUUCUUGUUCUUCUGAAGAAGAAGAAUGGAAAAGUGAUAGAAGAAGUGAAAGUGACAGUGAAAGUUCAAGUGGCUCUUCAUCUAGAUAUUCUGAUUGGACGGCUGACGCAGGCAUCAAUCUGCAGCCUCCUUUACGAACGUCAUCCCGUCGACGAAUUACUCGGUUUCGUAGUAGUUCAGAGGACGAAAUGUCUACUGAGAAUUUAUCUCCUCCAAAAAGGAGACGAAAGAGAAAGAAAGAAAAUAAGCCUAAAAAAGAGAAUCUGCGGAGGAUGACUCAGGCAGAGCUUGCAAACAUGGAACGUUUAUAUGAAUUUCAUCCUCCGGUUUGGAUAACUGACACCACACUUCGGAAGUCUCCUUUUGUUCCUCAAAUGGGUGAUGAGGUAAUAUAUUUUCGACAGGGUCAUGAAGCUUAUAUUGAGGCUGUCAGAAGAAAUAACAUUUAUGAACUGAACCCUAACAAGGAGCCAUGGAGAAAAAUGGAUCUUAGGGAUCAAGAGUUGGUCAAAAUAGUUGGAAUACGAUAUGAGGUUGGUCCCCCUACACUUUGUUGCCUCAAGCUAGCAUUUAUAGAUCCUGCAACUGGAAAACUUAUGGACAAAUCUUUCUCUAUUAGAUAUCAUGAUAUGCCAGAUGUUAUUGACUUUCUUGUACUGCGUCAGUUUUACGAUGAAGCAAGACAGAGGAACUGGCAGUCUUGUGACAGGUUUCGUUCUAUCAUUGACGAUGCUUGGUGGUUUGGAACGGUGCUGAGUCAAGAGCCGUAUCAGCCACAGUACCCUGAUAGUCAUUUCCAGUGUUACAUUGUUAGGUGGGACAAUACUGAAAUUGAAAAACUUAGCCCUUGGGACAUGGAACCAAUACCUGAUAAUGUUGAUCCACCUGAAGAAUUAGGAGCUAGUAUUUCUGUCACUUCAGAUGAGCUAGAGAAAUUGCUCUACAAACCCCAAGAUGGUGAAUGGGGUCAGAAAUCGAGAGAUGAAGAAUGUGAACGAAUUAUCAGUGGUAUAGAUCAACUUUUGAAUCUUGAUAUAGCAGCAGCUUUUGCAGGUCCAGUUGAUCUGUGUACAUAUCCAAAGUACUGUACUGUAGUGGCCUAUCCAACUGAUCUGUACACAAUUCGAAUGAGACUUGUUAAUCGAUUUUACAGGAGGCUAUCUGCAUUAGUAUGGGAAGUCAGAUGUAUAGAACAUAAUGCCAGAACAUUUAAUGAACCUGAGAGUGUAAUUGCAAGAUCAGCUAAGAAGAUAACUGACCAGCUUUUGAAAUUUAUCAAGAGUCAAGACUGUACAAAUAUCUCAGAACUUUCUAACACUUCUGAAAAUGAUGAGCAAAAUGCCGGGGAUUUGGAUGAUAGUGAUCUUCCUAAAACAUCUUCUGGAAGAAGGAGAGUUCAUGAUUGGAAAACAAGGAGCAUCAAAGCAACCAAUUAUGUUGAAAGCAACUGGAAGAAACAGUGUAAGGAACUAGUGAACUUAAUAUUUCAAUGUGAAGAUUCUGAACCAUUUAGACAACCUGUUGAUUUGGUUGAAUAUCCAGAUUACCGAGAUAUUAUAGAUACUCCAAUGGAUUUUGGAACAGUAAGGGAAACUUUAGAAGCAGGAAAUUAUGACAGCCCUUUGGAAUUUUGCAAAGACAUCCGGUUGAUAUUUAGCAAUGCAAAAGCAUAUACACCAAAUAAAAGAUCAAAGAUUUACAGUAUGACGUUGAGAUUGUCUGCCUUAUUUGAAGAAAAAAUGAAGAAAAUCUCUUCUGAUUUUAAGAUUGGUCAAAAAUUCAGUGAAAAACUUCGAAGAAGCCAGAGGUUCAAGAGAUGGCAAAAUUGUAACCGUGUCAAUCAGGCUAACAAAAGUAUCAGAAAUAUCAAGCAGAAGCGCUUAAAAUCUCAGGCAAAAGUAAUUCCUGAGUUGGUAGGUUCUCCUGUCCAGUCUACCUCAAGUAGGGCAGCUUAUUCUGCAAGCCGCAAGACAAGUGCUAGUGUCUCUUCGGGUGUUACUUCUGGUGAUUCUUCAGAUUCAGCGGCAUCAUCAGAAAGAGUGAGAAGAAAUACACCUGUCACUCUAACAAAUGGUUCUACAUUAUCUGAAAGUGAAAUGGAAGAUUCCUUAGGUACCUCUUCAUCAUCUUCAGCUUCAAAUAGUUCAGAGGAAAGCAAAGAGAGUUCAAGAGCUCGUGAAUCCUCCUUACGUAGUGGGUUGGCCAGGAGCAGGGUGACCAGAACCAGAGCCGCUAAAAGAAAAACUGGUCCAGUUUCUUUAGAAAAUGGAUGUGGCAGAAGAGCCACUAGAAAGAGAGUCUAUUUAAGUGACUCUGAUAACAAUUCUUUGGAGACUGGUGAAAGUCUAAAAGCCAGAGCUGGAAGUAACCGAAAAGUGCUACGAAAGUGUGCUGCUGUGGCUGCCAAUAAGAUAAAGUUAAUGAGUGACGUAGAGGAGAAUUCUAGCUCUGAAAGUGUCUGUUCUGGCCGUAAGCUGCCUCACCGCAAUGCUUCUGCUGUAGCUAGAAAAAAGUUAUUACAUAAUUCUGAGGAUGACCAGAGCUUAAAGUCAGAACUUGAAGAAGAGGAGCUAAAAGAUCAAAAUCAACCAUCACCAUUGUCCAGUUCUCAUGCUGCCCAGAAUACUGAAAGUGGAGAUUCAGAGUCAGAAAGUGAUUUGCGGGUAGCCCGGAAAAAUUGGCAUGCUAAUGGUUACAAGUCCCAAACUGCAGCAACUUCUAAAACAAAAUUUCUUAAGAUAGAGUCUUCUGAGGAAGACUCUAAAAGUCAUGAUUCAGAUAAUGGACGUAACAGAACUGGUGGCCCAUCAACAUCUUCGCAGAAAACUAAGGCAGAAAGCAUCUCAGAGGAAGAGGAGGAAGCAAAUUCUGAACCAAGAAAAUAUGGUGGUAGGAGAUACAACACAGGUCGCAAGAAUGCUGCUUUCCUUAAAAAAGCAAAAAUCUUCAGUGAUUCAGAGGACUCUGAAUCUGAAGCAGAAGAUGGAGAAGACGGUAGAUGUCAUAAAAUGGAAAUUAACCCGAGUUCAGGGAAUGUGAAGUGUGAACCUAUUGCUGGGUCCCAGUGUUUUUCAGAUCAUAUAUCUGAAACGGAUCUGGAUUCAGAUGAUGACAAGAAAACAAAAGAAAAACCAAACAAUUUUAUGAAAGACUCUGCAUCACAAGACCAUGGACAAAGCAGAAAAGUUGCCAGGAAAAGGGUCUGCUCCAGUGACUCAGACAGCAAUUCGAAGGUGGUUAAGAAGGCAUCAAAAGCCAAAACGGGUCUCCUAAGAGUUCCUCGAAGAUGUGCCACCACCGCUGCUACUAGGAUCAAGCUGAUGAGUGAUGUGGAAGACGUCAGUUUAGAAAAUGUGUGUACUAGAAGCAAAAAGGGAAGGAAAAAGUCCCUCCAUUUUGCAUGUACCACAGCUAAGAAGAUAGUGAGUGAUUCUGAGGGAGAUGUAAACUGUGACGUGCCAAACGAACAAUAUGGCUGUGAAGGGAAGCCACCCGAAGCCGACUCAGACCGUAGUACAAAAAGUAUUAAUCAGUCUUUAAAUGAAGACUCAGACUCUGAAGGUAUGUUGAAUUCAAGACACAAGAACAGGCAUACCAGUAGUCACAAAACAAACGUUGCACCUUCUAAAACAAAGAAUUCCUUGAUUGGGUCUUCGGAGGAAGAUUCAAAAAGCCAUAUUCCAGGGAAUGAGACUGGUAGAAAAUGUUCUUCUGAGUCAGCUCCGGUGCAAAAAGCUACUGCAGAGAAUAACUUUGAAGAGGAACUGAAUUAUGGGCUACGCAGGUGGAACGGCAGAAGACUCAGGACCUAUGGGAAGGCUCCUUUCAGUGAGACAAAGGUGAUGCGGGAUUCGCAGGAGGCAGCCGAGGUGGCGGAAAUGAAGAGGAAGAGACCGCGUCCUGAAUUGGAAAAUGUGAAAGCUUCUGAAACACCAGGGAGCCCGAAGUGUGGACCUGACACUAGUCCCAAAUCUGAUUCAGAUUUGCGAUCUGCCACUGAAUCAGAUGCUGACUUUACUGAUGAUACAAAAACCAAAAAGAGGAAAAUGAAAGGAAAAGCAAAAGUAGUUAGAAAAGGUAAAACUUUUACAGCUAACGUAUCUAAAACCAUGAGACGACAAAGACAAAGCAAACGUCCUAGGUUAAAUGUGGAUGAUAAUGACUGGGAGGACGUGGACUAUGCAAAAUCUAGAAGAGUUCUCCGGCGUUCAAAGAUAAAGACGAGGAAUCAGGGCAGGAGGACCGUGAGAUACCACGAUGGGGAUGACGACAGAAGCUUAGAAAAUGUGUUAGAUUUUGAUGAUUGCACCUUAUGACCUUGAGGGAAAACCAGUUCAUUGAAAGAGGGAAUGGACUGGAAUUUAUAGUGAAAGCUGGUUGUUGAAAUUAUUUUUUGUCCUACAAUUCAGGGAAUAUAUUUAUAUUUUUCUAUGAAAAGUUAUGAAUGUGACUAAAUCAUGACUGUUAUUU